UGACAGCACGUUCAUGUACGACAUGUACAUGUACAUGUAUAAUGUACAUACAUACUGUAAAUCUCCGCUCUGGAAUCAUUCCAGAACAUGUCACCGUUCGCCACAGGAUGAAGGUUUUUUCAGUCAGCUAGGUUUACUUAUUCAAGUAAAAACUAAACAAAGCAAAAACUCCAAACUCACUUUAUGUCAUACCCAGACUGCAUCAUUUGAUAUUGAUGAUGUUGACUUUUGUUCGUUUUUUCUUCAUAUCUGCAUGACGUUCCUCAGGUUGUCCAUUGUUAUAAACGAGCCCAGAAGGCGCGUAGAAAUCGAAAACGUAUCGUGGUGGCAUUUUGGAGGUGACAUUCCUCCUCUCAUACCCGGGGAACUCUGCGGUCUGAGUGGUAAAGCGCGAUCCUCGAAGAUAAAACGCCCAGAGAGUCACUCAGCAUCACAGCUGGCAAAUGUCAAAGGAGACGGAGAGCAACAGAAACUCCGCAGUGCUAGCUCUACGAUCUUACGUGGAUGCCGUUAUGAAAUCAAGUGGACAGCGUGGCAGGACAGUAUACUGCUUGACCUGGUAAAUAUAAGUGGAUAAAAAUAACGGACUUGCCAACUAGAGAAUUUUAAGCGCAGAUGACGGCAACUUUGGAUGACGUCACCGUUAGAGAGUGAAUGUUGGGGCCCCCAUUUUAGGAGAUUCCACUUGAAAUUCAUGGGCAUGGAGGAUAGUAUCAAACGUCUAGCUCUGGAGUGCAUGUAGGCCCAUUAGGCUACUUGUCUUUAGGAAAACCUGCAUGGCAGAGGUUUGCAUGCAGGUCUACACGUAGACGACCGAUGCCAUUCAGACUAUUUUUUAAUUAGUUUCUCGCCUGGGAAUUCAUUAAGGCCUUUGGUUAUUAAUACGUUAAUCAGCUGGAUCGCCAAUUGGAAAUUGGACUUCUACUUCAUUGCAUAGCACAUGGCACACUGCAGCUACAGAGAUCUGCACAUCACCCGCUCGUCAUCUGGUUUCUGGUUGCUGGAAAUUAUUGCUCCCAGCCCGCUGCACUUCGGCCGAUGAUAUUGACACAUUUCGAACAUCACCGAAGAAUUUCCUGAUUGCGUUUGAGCCCUGACACGCUUGCUCGUAAAUAUUACCAGAAGUACAGCCCAUGUGUUUUGUUUGAAUCGUCCGCUCCAGCGAUAAUCACAACAGUCCACGCGACGACGUCAGGCAUAGGGAUUUACCUUCCUGAGAGUAAAAUUAACCCAUCGCCCAUGGUUCCAUUAACCGAAAUCUUAGUUAUGAUAGGCUUGUGAUAAGUAAAGGUAUCAUUAGGAACUGAGCGCUUGUGCCAGUCUCCUCGAUCGUCCAGGAGAGUGAAGCAAGGAAUUUCUGUCGAUGGAGUUUUUAUCAGUGACUGAUGUGCUUUUUGUGGUCCAUUUCGCAAGGGGGAUAAGGACGGACGUGCCUGCCCCGCUGAGUAAAUGUUGUUGACGAUAGAGCGGCCCAUCCCUGACGCAUAACAUUGUUAUGAUUUCGGCUCGUGUCACUGGGUACAAGAAUAACAACCGCCAACAGAGGCAUUGCAGUUUUAUAAAAAAGAAGAAGAAAGAAUGGAAUGAAGAAGAAUGGCGUGCACUGUGUUAUGUUAGACAUUUUACUCCAGGCCGUUUGGACCAAGGACGCCGCCAGUUGUCACGGCUAGACUAUUAUACGUAAUAUUAACUGCAUGCCUUUCACCGAGCCGUCUCCACAUUAAUAACAUCCGACUCAGCGUGGGCCGCUGCUGACAAGUCUCCGCAAUCUUUCGCCGGCUUGGAGGUGUAGCUUCAUGGUCGCGUAAGCUAGUAAAUUAUUUUCCUUUAUGACAACAUCAUCCUUGAAGAAGACAACCGUCUUCGACACAGGAACUUGGGCAUAGAAGUGAAGACGGAUGACCGGGACGCGUUGUUAAGGGGUUACGCCCAGGUGAGUGUCAACACGGGUGUCAACAUGGGCCAGCGAGCGGCUAAACAACAGAUUGAGAAAGGGCUCAAGUUGUAUAACGACACGCAACAGGAACAGGCAGUACGCAAGUGGAAAGCCGCACUGGGGAAAGUUGGGGACAAGAAACGCCUCAGGUUUGUCAUAUUGGGACAUUUAGCCUUGGCUUACGGUGACUGGGGGGACUACCGAGAGAUGCUGGGAUACUCUAUCCAGCAAAUCGAUAUUGCCAACGAACUGGACGAACUGGAACUCCGGGCCGAGGCCUAUCUGAAUCUGGCCCGGGCUAACGAAAAGCUCUGUGAGUAUCACAAGGCGAUGUCGUACGCCAGGCAUAGCAUGAACAACACCGCGUCGCAGGAGGACCCUUUGGUGGGCCCGAUCCACCUCUGCCUCGGUAAUGCCAAUCUAGGGUUCGGUCACUUCCAGCAGGCUCUGGAGAACUUCGACAAAGCUCUCAAGAUGGCCAUCAAGACGGGGGACAGGGGGUUGGAGUGCAACACCUACGGGGACCUGGCAGAGGUGUACAUCAGUUUGAAGGACUAUGACAAGGCGUUGAGGUACACGGUGAAGGCGAGCGAACUGGUGAGGUGCAGGGGGCAGGAAUGGAGCCCCAAACUACGGACGAUUGUUCAGCUGAAUCUGGCUACGCCUUAUCGCAAGCUGGGAAAGAUGGAUCUUGCCAUGGAUUACUGUGAGGAAGCGAUGAAAAUGGCGCUGCAGCUGAAUGACCGCGCCAUCCAGGCAAGAUGCCUGUGCAUCUUCGCCGACAUCCACAGGAUGAGAGGAGAUUGCGAGAGGGCGUACCCACGCUACGAGUCGUCGCUGAGUAUUGCGGUUGAAGUAGGCGACAGACUAGGACAACUUCAGGUCCUAUCGGGAAUGGCCAAAACGUUAGUCUUAAUGAAGCAUUUUCAGAAGGCUCUUGACGUCAAUACUCAGGCUUUAGACAUCGCCUCUGCCAUUGGAAAUAAAAUGUGCAUGCUGCGGUCCCACUGGCUGAUGCACCAGCUCCACCGUGCUUUAGGCAACACCAAGGCCUCCCAGCAGCAUGCCUCCGCCUUCGACUGCUGCCUGAGGGACCUGUCCCUCUACUGUGGCGUGUGCCACGAGGUCAUCGGUAGCCGUCAGGACAGCCUGAAUGUUCUCUCUUGCUGUCACAUUUUCCAUGCCAGGUGUGCAGAGACCAGCACCUUCAAGGCCAGGGGCUGUCCAAACUGCAAGAAAGUGUUAACAAUACCGAUAUUUGUCUGAAGAGUCCAAAGACCAAGACCAAAAAUCUGCCUCGAAGAAACGAGAACUGUGCCCCUCGUGGCGGCAUCCAUCUGUGUGCGGACGAAACUCGAGUGAUCAGUAGGGCAGCUCGGCUGAUGGAUGAUGAAUGUUCUUAAUCCCUUGCCCCAUUUGCUCUCUUCUCAACCGUCUGGUGUUCAUCUAGUUUGAAUGAAACAAACCAAACUGUCAAAGAUAAAUUGCGGCCAAUGUACUGGCAUUUCCCCCACAAGGACACGAAUUGGGGAUCUCCCUUGACACACCCGUGUAGUGGCUGAGAUGUUGAAGCUGUUUCUUAGCUUUGUGGAAUGCUUAAUCACCACAGAUCUCUACCUGGAUAUUCCAUUGAUUUAUAGAAGUCAUGGCACUGUCCUCGAUGUUACCGCCCCAUUCAGAAGUUGGUAAAGAUUUUUCUUUCAAUGAUGGAACGGUUGAGACUGGUAUUCCAUCGGGGUGAUCGGGAACCAGCGUGCAGCUCCAUUAUACUUGGCACGGUCGGAAUGUCCAGAUUUUGUACGUCCAUCUUAAAUCGCUUCACGCUUUCCAAUAUAUGCAUCCCUAAGAGUCGGUGUGUCACGUUACACUUACUGAAGGGAAUCGGCUGGUGCGAGGGUGACUUUGGACCAUCUAAGAAUUUAUUUGCCAAAGAAGACGCACCCCAAUUAAAUCUAACCACUAACUAUCAUCUACAGGUACAAUGUGCCCCUUAAAACCCAAAUUAACCAAAAACUUUCAAACGUCAUAGUACUCUGUCACUCAUCUAAACGAAACUUUUAUUGGUUAGAGUUUUUUAUCUGUGAAGGUGCACCACUCUUCCAAAUGUUGAAUUAAAUGAAGACCACAGUAUUGACCAAAUUUUACUGAAAAAUUUUUAUAUGCAGAGAGGUUUUAUGAGUUCACUAAUGUAGACUGUUAAAUCGGUUCUGCGAAGGAAGCAGUUAUACCAGGAAAAUGCAUGUAUUCUUUUAUUUUGUGUUCACAGUCGUUCAUUAAAAAACACAGAAUAUAGCAAUAAAUAAUGUGAUUGACCAUGAAA